AACCUCCCCGCUGAAUAGCGAAGAUGUAGACGUGCUGAAAGUUGCUCAGAACCUGACGAGCUGUGUGGACGGUACGUCGCACCGAUACAAUAAUUUAUAGUGAAAGAAAACGUCGCGUCAUUUGAUUGCGAUUGCACUGAUUCUGGUCGUGAGAUUUUUAAAUUAAUUAAAAAAUUAGAUACGCAGAUGCAGAUUGUUGCUUCUGUUAUCGGUAAUUAAUAAUGGUCCAUCAAAGUUAAGGUAUCACCUGUUUUAGCAACAUGUUGUUCUAAAUCAUUGACAAUGCUAUCUGUAGUUUUAAGUAAUGGCAUUUCUGCUCAUCACUGUUGUUGAGAAUCGAUUUUUUAUAAAGAAAUAAUUACAUUAUGAUCAAUGCAAUGCGUGUGUUCUCCCUCUCCCUAAACCUUCUCGUACCCAUCAAAUCCCAAGACAAUUUGUCCCAUGUAAUAAUAAAACAGAUAUCAACAAUACUACACUAAUACUCCUACCAACUACAACAUUGUAAAAAAUUUCGGUACAUAUCAUAUUAUCUUGUCCCAUAUUUGAAAUGGAUCAAAAACGAAUGAUUAUCAAGAAAUUUAUUUCAUAUCUUUACUAUUGUCUGUUCAGCGCAUCGGAAUAUAAAAUCUUUCAUGUACGAAGGAAGAGUCGACAGCACAGAGAAAGCAGUUCUUCGCACUGUUCCAAAGAUCGGAUUGCCCGUAAUGACUGAUCAGUACACACAAGCCCAUAAAAUCGUGUCCUCGAGUGUUAGGAAAAUGUUGGAAAUUCGCAAUGUCGUGUGCAAUGCGCUACCAGAGAAUACUGUGACAAGAGCAAUUCAGGUUGAAUAAAGAAAUGGCUAUCACAAACGUAUGGAUAAUGAUCUUUCACUAUCACCAAAAACUGAAUAACGAGUUCUUGUGCGCAGUCAUCCAUACUCCAUACCAAGCAAGCAAAUACCCUCGACAAAAUUCUGAGACUGUUCAUUAAACAAAAUGAAAUCAUGCGAUCGACUCACAAUUAGUUUUACGUAAUUACGCUGAUUUUUACACAGCGUCAUGUUCAUUACGAACUUCUAGCCAUCUCUACAAAAAAAGCAUGAAGAUCAGCCUAAUAAAUAACUGAAGAAAAAAUAUACUCAAACGUCUCAAGGCACGUGCACAACCAUGUGUAAAAUAUAUGUUAAUGAGACUCCGACAGAUAAAAUGUUGAAAAUGCCGUCUCAUGCUUCCUUAUAAGGUCGCGGUGGGAAGUGUACUUGAUUCGAUGUCGUUUAUCCGACCCAAUUAAACAGUGAGCUCCGGACUUCGAAACGUUACUCAGUGAACUGGGCUGUGAGUAAUUCUAAUUGACGAAAAUGUCACGUUGUUUUGUAUCCGCUGCACUGAUCCUAGUCGCAUGUGUUUUGCAUCAGGGAUAUGCAUCGAGAAUACUGGGAAUAUUUCCGACGCCGUCGUUCAGCCAUCAAGUCGUAUUCCGAGGGCUGACCAUGGCUUUGAGAGAACGCGGACACGAGCUUGUUGUUAUAACGACAGACCCAGUCAACGAUCCAACCCUACAGAACUACACGGAGAUAGAUGUGAACUUUUUAUACGAGUACUUCAAUGGAGAAGUCGAUUGGAUAGCAAGUCGAAAAAAAGAUACAUGGUUGGAAUUGAUCUAUAACUUGGUUCCGCGGUUAGUACUGAUAACUGAAAGAAUUUUCAGUCUCCCAGAAGUGAAAAAGUUGUUUUCAACCAACAGUGGGGAGAAGUUUGACUUGUUAUUACUUGAGAUGCUGUAUUGGCCUGCCUUUCUACCUCUCGCCAAACAAUUUGAUGUUCCGGUCAUAGGCAUGACAUCUUUAGGUUUGCCUCUUCAAAUACAGUAUGGCAUCGGCAAUCCUAUCAUGCCAUCUCAUCCAGCUCAUUGGGAUACCGAGAUAAAAGAGCUCGGGAGAUUGUCGUUUUGGCAAAGGCUGCAGAACUUUGUGCACGCGUGGAGAUUCGUGCACUUUUACAGAACCGAUUAUUUGCGAAAGCAGCAGGCAAUCGCGGAGAAACAUUUUGGACGCGGCAUCCCUGAUAUUGCAGACAUGGAAAAUAACGUUAGUUUGGUUUUCGUCAAUCAGCAAGCACCGAUUUCGUUUGUGAAACCAAAUAUACCCAAGAUCAUAGACAUCGGUGGAUUUCACGUCUCAAAGCAGAUUGAGCCGCUGUCGAAGCACCUUCAGAGAAUAUUGGAUGAAGCGACGCAAGGCUUCAUAUACAUGAGCCUUGGAACGAACGUCAGGAGCGUCAUGUUGAGUGAUGAAACUCGGGGAGAAUUUCUGGCAGCCUUUUCGAAACUACCCUACACCGUCAUUUGGAAAUUCGAAGAUGAUAUCCUCGUCGGCCAGCCAGAUAACGUAAUAAUCAUGAAGUGGGCUCCGCAGCAAUCCAUCUUAGCGCAUCCCAAUAUCAAAGCUUUCAUAUACCAAGGAGGACUUCAGAGCACAGAGGAGGCGAUUUCUCACGUUGUUCCUGUGAUCGGGUUGCCAGUAUUUGCCGAUCAGGAUACGCAAGUCAAUAAAAUGGUGUCCCUUGGCGUUGGAACAAAGUUAGAAAUCCUCACUGUGAACAGGACGGGUUUACUAGAAGCGAUUCAAUCCGUUGUGCUCGACGGCAGCUACAAGCAGCGAAUGUUGAAAUUGCGGGAUUUGAUCGAAGACAAGCCGAAAUCAGGAAAAGCGUCGUGUAAUUUCAAAAAUCCUUCGCAAGGCCCGUGA